AUGGAGAAAAUGCUAAUAAACAUUUCUUAUACUGUUAUCUCUAGUUUCCAUUUCUACCUUCAGCCCCUGCUAAAAUUUCUCUUUCCAGCACGCACCAACCAGAGCUUUGUUCCUGACAAACUAAGCCAAGAAGAGUUCAAGAUUGUCAUGGAACAACUUGGAGUUUUUUAUGAUAGAGAUGACGAGCUUCUGCAUCAAGAUCAGAGGUUAUUAGGUGCAGAUGAUCUCUCAAGAUUGUUCGAGGAAGAAGAACCCAGCUUGGAAGAACUGAAGGAAGCAUUUGAUGUGUUUGAUGAGAACAAAGAUGGAUUCAUUGAUGCAAAAGAUUUACAAAGAGUUCUAUGCCGUCUGGGUUUUAAGGAAGGAAAACAAGUUGAGGAGUGUAAGAGAAUGAUUCAUGCAGUUCAUGGGGAUGAUGGGUUUGGAAUUCAAUUCACUGAUUUUUUGAUAUUUAUGAACAAGUGUUUUUGA